AUGAGUAGUAACGAUGAUUAUAUCUUGGCGACAUUGAAAAUUCUUAUUAUUGGAGAAUCGGGUGUCGGAAAAAGUAGUCUUCUUCUACGAUUCACCGAUGAUCGCUUCGAUGUGGAAAUGGCUGCAACGAUUGGCGUUGAUUUCAAAGUCAAGCAGUUAACAGUUGACGGUAAUCGUGUUAAACUAGCGAUAUGGGUAAGUCUGAAAUUAGACUAA